AUGGCCACCAGAAUGGCCUCCCAGUACGCAGCUAACGACGAGAACCGCGUGAUGGAUGGGAAACGGAUAGCCGGCAGCAAGAACGCCGCCGCGGCUAUCGCACCGGAGCUCGGCGCGAUGAAGCUUCGAUCCGGCCAUGUCCUCCCUCCCCCGCGACGGGCUUUCGGCACGCUCACCAACAGCAUGGCCUCCAAGGCCGCCGCUGGCGGAAAAUUUGAGAAGAAGGCCGAUCCCGUCCGCCAACGCGCUGCUCCCGCCGCCAAGGUCCCUGGUCGCGCCUCUGUUGUUGUGCCCAAGCCGCAACCUGCCGCCAAGUCCGCUCAGACCACCAGCGCCGUCAGCGUCAUCACCGUCUCACCUGACGUGGAAGAAGUGAUCCCGGGUGACGUGGACAUCGACGAGCCGCGCCACGUGCACACCAUGACCGCCGAGCUGACAGCUGUCAGCGAGGAAGCGAGCGUGCUCUCCACGAUCACCGCGAUAAACGCCGCCGCUGUCGCCGCCCCGUCCGUUAAGAGGGAAGCGUGGUGGGACAUCGACGCUGCCGACAAGAGCAACCCUCUUGCCGAGACGACUUAUGUCGCGGACAUCUACAACUUCUACCGGCGCACGGAAGCGGAAGGCAUGGUGGCUCCGGAUUACAUGAACCGUCAGAGCGACAUCAACGGCACGAUGCGCGCGAUUCUCAUUGACUGGCUGAUCGAGGUUCACCUCAAGUUCAAGCUCAUGCCGGAGACGCUUUUCCUCGCUAUAAGCGUCAUCGAUAGGUACCUGGCGGUGACGCCGGUUCCCCGUCGUAACCUGCAGCUGGUGGGGAUCACGGCGAUGCUGAUCGCGUCUAAGUACGAGGAGAUCUGGGCUCCCGAAGUCGGCGAUUUCGUAUAUAUCUGCGACAGCGCGUACACGCGUCAGGACGUGUUGAAGAUGGAGAAGGAUAUGCUCAACACGCUUCAGUUCAAGCUCACCAUCCCAACCACGUACGUCUUCGCUGCGCGAUUCCUCAAGGCCGCGACCGCCGCCGCCAACGCCCCCGCUACCGCUGGUGCGGGUGCUGACAUGGCGGUGACCGUUGGAGCAGACACGCGCGUUCACGCGCUCGCGUGGUUCCUUCUCGAGCUGACCCUGCCUGAACACUCGAUGAUCAAGUUCUCCCCGUCGCAGCUGGCCGCCGCUUCGGUCUACGCCGCACUGCUGACGGCCCACCAGGCUAACAAGACAGCCACGGGAGCAGGCUCGGCAGGCGCCGGUGAGGUCUGGGGCCCCGGCAUGGCGUGGCUUACCGGGUAUGACGAGGCGACGCUGUGGCCGUGCGUUGAGCAGCUUGUGGCUCUGCACGGGAAGGCGGGCACGGGAAACCUCGCGGCGGUUCACAAGAAGUACUCGCGGAAGCAGUUCGAGGAGGUGGCGAAUAUUCCUGCUGUUCCUCACCUGCCAGAGAAUCCCCCCCGUGCCGCCGUUGCACAUAAGCUGACCAAGUCGACAUCCUGCUUGUCGACGGCCAACUCGUCCGUUCCAGCGGCAGGCAGGAAGUGA